GUUCCGCCCUUCCAGCACUGGUGUGUCUUGUUUGAUGAGCCAGCGCCAUGUAUCGCUCAGUGAGGAACCUCCAGCGAUUUAACAACCUCCUGCGUCUGCAGAGUGGCGUUGGUGUCAUACACGGCGCCCCAGUGGUUGGAGUGAUACACAUUUAUUCACGAAUGGCAAGUUCAGAAUCCUUUAGACUUGAACGUGACACGUUCGGGGAGCUGAAGGUACCAAGUGACAAGUACUAUGGAGCUCAAACUGUCAGAUCCACCAUGAAUUUCAAAAUCGGAGGUGUGACGGAGAGAAUGCCUAUUCCGGUUAUCAGAGCAUUUGGGAUUCUAAAGAGAGCUGCUGCAGAGGUUAACACAGACUAUGGUUUGGAUCCAAAGAUUGCUGAGGCAAUUGUCAAAGCUGCUGAUGAGGUAACUGCUGGAAAACUGGAUGACCACUUUCCUCUAGUGGUGUGGCAGACAGGAUCAGGCACUCAGACUAACAUGAACGUCAAUGAGGUGAUUAGCAACAGAGCCAUUGAGAUCCUUGGAGGAAAGCUGGGCAGUAAGGAUCCUGUCCACCCCAAUGAUCAUGUCAAUAAAAGUCAGAGCUCUAAUGAUACGUUUCCCACGGCCAUGCACAUUGCUGCAGCCAGAGAGGUCCAUGAGGUUGUCCUUCCUGGGCUUCAAACUCUUCAUGACGCCUUGGCUGCCAAAGCUUUAGAGUUCAAAGAUAUAAUAAAGAUUGGACGCACUCACACACAGGAUGCCGUUCCUCUCUCCCUUGGACAGGAGUUUGGUGGUUAUGUCCAACAAGUGAAGUACAGCAUAGAGCGGGUCAAGGCAGCCAUGCCUAGAGUGUAUGAGUUGGCAGCUGGAGGAACAGCAGUGGGCACUGGCCUAAACACACGAAUUGGUUUUGCUGAGAAGGUUGCCGAAAAAGUCUCUGCCCUCACAGGUCUGCCAUUUGUGACUGCGCCAAACAAAUUUGAAGCACUGGCUGCCCAUGAUGCCCUGGUAGAACUAAGCGGAGCCCUAAACACCGUUGCUGUCAGUAUGAUGAAGAUUGCCAAUGACAUCCGCUUCCUGGGAUCAGGUCCACGUUCUGGCCUGGGCGAACUUGUCCUGCCAGAGAAUGAGCCAGGCAGUAGCAUCAUGCCUGGUAAAGUGAACCCUACUCAGUGUGAGGCCAUGACUAUGGUGGCAGCUCAAAUAAUGGGAAACCAUGUGGCUGUCACUAUUGGAGGCAGCAAUGGACACUUUGAACUCAAUGUCUUCAAACCAAUGAUAAUAAAAAAUGUGCUGAACUCUGCAAGGCUGCUGGGAGAUGCUUCUGUCUCUUUCACAAACAACUGUGUGGUUGGCAUUGCACCAAAUACGGAGAGGAUUAAUAAGCUGAUGAAUGAAUCUCUAAUGCUGGUGACUGCACUUAAUCCACACAUCGGUUACGACAAAGCCGCCAAAAUUGCUAAGACAGCUCACAAAGAGGGCUCAACUCUAAAAGCAACAGCAAUCAAGCUGGGCUAUUUGACAGAGGAAGAAUUUGACAAGUGGGUGAGGCCUCAGGAAAUGCUUGGGCCCAAGUGAAGAAAUUAUAUGUAAAAUAAAGAUGUUUUUGAUUAAUAUGUGA